UCGCGCUAUCCGGCAGGACGACCCCCUCGGGCAGGCCGACAGUAUUUUCUUGCCAGUUCUCUCGAUUAGCCCGUGUGUGUUGCAGCGGAGUUUUUAUCGGCAAAUGGAGCAGGGGGAAAGGGAGAGGACGGCGUGUAACAAAGCACCUCUCCGGCGGGUGUCGCAAGUGUGGCUUUGGGUUACGCGUAGAGCACAUGUUGCGCGGGUCGCCACCGCUGGGCGUUGUCGUCGGGCAACCAUGUUCGCCGACGACGUGAAUACAUCACCGUGAGGCUUGCGUUGUUCUCACCAGGUCCACGAAGAGGUCCAAAGUCGUGCGGGAUAAUAUUUGUUAACGGUGGUGUGGCUCUGUGAUCGUUGUGGAGGAUGUCCGAUUGGUGUCGUUAUGCGGUACUCAAGUAGUGGUGAAGCCAAAGGUGCGUGGAAACAAGUUGCGCAGAAGGAAACGUGAACGUGAUCGCCGCCGAAGUAUGGUGAGAUUGGUGUUGGUGGUGAAGAAUAGGGCGAUAGGUGAGAUGUCGCCGCUGAACACCGUAUUGGCGUACAGCGGGGGUCAACUUGUUGCCGGAAAACUGACGCCGAGAUUUUGAAGAUGUGUCAUUGUGAGUACUACGUCUCGAACGGAGUACGAAUGCCGCAAGAAUCGUGACAACCAUGACGUGCUGAGUUACGACAGGGGAAAUUUAUGCUGCCUAUUUUUGGCAACGUGGCUGGAUUGUUGCGUUCCUCCGAUCGGCGGAUAUUGCGGGUUGACUGGCGUUCAUCAAGGACGACUCGUUCCAGCGUAUAAUUAAUUAAAAUCGCUGCGCUUCGUGAGCGAAGAACCAGCCAGUGUGACGGUUCCACAUCUGUGCCUCUUUACUCUAACGUACGGAUUAUUAUAAACGUCUUUGCUGUACAAAACGCUCGGGUCUUUUCCAAGGUCUCUCUACUGACGACGUACGUGCAAGCUUGGAGCGAAUUGUGAAUGUUUGUAGACGAUUUGUCUCAGAUGCAACUGAAGUUCGCGCUGAAUCCACACGUCAAUAGUGAAAGUGUUCCUCGCAAGAACAGAUGCGAAGUCGACGUGGGCGAUCAUCCAGUUUAAAGGCCUCCACGUCUCUGUACAAACAUACUGCGUGAGGCAGUUGUCCAAUCAGUGAAGUCUGAGGAACUGAACUGAACAGCGUUUUCCCCCCGGUUGGUUCGGCACCAACUCGGUGUUUGAACGUCGCCCCUUGAACUUCCUGAAUCUACAAACGUCGCAGAGAAACAUUUUCACCGCUGCGGGCAUUUAUCUACGGUUGCCACAGACAAAUACUGUCGCCCGAAAGGUUCGGUAUCUGAGUUGUUCCGGCUAUACAGUGCUUGCAGCUUUGGUACGAAAUCCCGAGGCUCUUCGAAGCGCAUCGAGUAACCAGGAUCCAAGCUCACGUCCACCUGACAGGAACAAAUGUUACCGCGUACGUCAAAUAUGAAUAACCGUCCACCGCUCGUCCGCAUCCUCGGCUCGUCCGAGGACAGGGAGGACGAAGACAACGGCGUCCACGAACAGCGGAAAGCCGUGAAACCGUCGAGUACGUUCUCGGGAUGCAACGGUGGCACGAAUGGUUACGACAAGUACCGUGUCAGCUUGCUGAAACAUUUGUGCGGCGCCGAAUACGCGGAUACUUCGAGCGACGACCUUAGCAGUGAUUGGGAUGAACGGGAAGACGGCGACGAAGAAGAAGAAAAGAGGAAGAAGAAGCCCUCUGCAUGGAGGAAACUUCGCAAUGUCGUUCACUGGUCCCCGUUCGUCCAGACCUACAGGAAACAGAAGUAUCCAUGGAUACAGCUUGCUGGCCAUCAAGGGAAUUUUCGAUCUGGGACUCACGGAACGGUCCUCAAGAAACUGUCUGGCAGGGAAGAGACGUGUCUCAAGCACCUCAUGAAGGACGACCACCUGCGAGAGUAUGUGCCGGCAUUCAAGGGCAGCGUCGAGAUGGAAGAUGGGGCAGUGUACCUUGAACUGGAGGACCUAUUGGCGGGGUUCCAGGGUCCCUGCGUCAUGGAUGUCAAGGUUGGCCUCAGGACAUACCUCGAAGAAGAACUGGCCAAGGCAAGAGAGAAGCCUAAGCUACGCAAGGACAUGUACGAGAAAAUGGUAGCCGUUGAUCCAGAGGAGCCAACCCUGGAGGAACGUGACCUGAAAGCUGUCACGAAACCUCGUUACAUGAUCUGGAGGGAAACCAUCAGCUCAACUGCCAGUCUAGGCUUUCGCAUCGAGGGCAUGAAGAACCCCGACGGUACUUCGACGAAAGACUUCAAAACCACAAAGACGAGAGAGCAGGUGAAGAAGGCCUUCGCAGUGUUUACGGAAGGCUUUCACGAAGCCAUUGGCAAGUACUUGCAGCGGCUAAGGUUGUUGCAAGAUGCCCUGACAAGGUCGGAAUUCUUCUGUACUCAUGAGUUCAUCGGAAGCUCUCUCCUCUUCGUUCACGACCAUAACUCAGCCAGCGUGUGGCUCAUCGACUUUGCCAAGACGGUCCCGGUCCCGGCGGGAAUCACCAUCACGCACCGGGACCCCUGGGAAGUGGGGAACCACGAAGACGGGUAUCUCAUUGGCAUCACAAAUCUCAUCAGCAUCUUUGAGGACCUGUGGAACGCUCGCAGCGGUCUCGCGGAGGAAACGUGCGUGGAAAUUGUGGAGCCUUGACGACGAACGCUGGUUCAUAACGUUUCAACAUUUCUGACCAAAGUUUUACGGUUGAGAGGAACGUGUGUGAGGCACCCGUGACCAAAGUUGACUUCGCGAGCAACGUGCCCCCGUUCCAACCAUGACAUUGUCGCGUAAGUGGAGUCGACAGAGUCCUCGCAACGACCCAGCUUCUUGCAAACCGGUGUUCCGCGGUGACAUCAUCGCAUCCACGCCAGAGAGGGCAAGAGGAUAACUCCGAAAGCUUGUACGCAAAAUUUUACGCCGAGAUGAAAUUUGUGCGUGUACAGCGGAAGUACGUGAGCGAGACUGCUCCGAUGAAUUCACCCGAUCGGCAAACAAAAUGUAGUGUUACAACACGGAAGGUCAUCGUUUCACGUCAUCGUAAAAGGAAGUUCAAAAUUUUUCAUUUCGGCGACGUCCAUUGCGGAAAAAUAAUCCGUACCAUUCAGCACGACAACCCUCGUUCCAUUCUUUUUUUUUUUUUUUUUUCUUCACGUCUUUUUGACACUCCAUCGCCAAACAUGCAUCGCGUGACUCCGCAUCUGCAAGAUGUAUGACGUCGAACUGUUUGUUCGAGAGAAAAGAGACGUCGAUGAAGGCUCCAACAAUGAAAGAAAACUGACUGGUGACUCCGAGAAUGGCCACCUUUGUGCCCUUUUUGGACACGGUGUUAGCAUGCACUUGCUGUUGUACAUACCUUUUAUACUUUUUAAAUAUUAUUUUUUUUUUCCUUAUCUAUUUUCGAACACUUUGUUUAUGUAGAAGUGCUUUUAGACGCGGGUUAUUUUGUAUCACUCAGCGUGGACCCGCCACACUGCGUGCACCGUUUGCUUUAGCCAAGGUGCCGAUUCUAGUGCAGUCGCCUGUGCCAUAAACGCGCGAAGUUGAGAGCCGUCACCAGGUGCCGCCUCGAGUUGCCGACGCUGUGUCCUCCCGUUUCUUCCCCGUCUUUUAUUGUUACGUGUCUGAUGUACAUUGUUGAUGAGAGCUCCCUCGGACACAUUGCGCCAGUUUCUCAAAUUUACGAUUCUGGGAAAUAAAUGUACAUAGAGUGCGUAUGUGUGUACAGGA